GAUCAUUUAGCCCAAAGUGCGAUGUCAGUCCCUAUUGUCAAAACCAGAUGAAUCUUUGUUUUUGUUUUCAUAUAAUAAAUUAUUGUUUAUUGUUUCCACAAUCUUAAUGUUCUUCUUAAUCUGAGGUUGCAGAGUGAUUAUUGCUUACCUAGUGUGACCAAGUCGUCAAAUCGUGCAAACACACAAAAACAGACUUUCUGCAUGCGAAUAGUGGCGCUUCCCAUUUUUUAUAUAACGUCAGCUUUUGCGUCGUAUUUAAAUAAUCAUUUACAUCAACUGAAUGCUCCUUGAGAUUCGAUUAUGGCAGAGCAAACUAAAAAGAAAUUGUACCCAGACCUGCCACUAGAUGAUAUCAACCGUCUAGUGCCUAAAUAUCACUCCUUGCCCCAGCAACCGACUGAAGCAAGUAGCAGGCCUUCGAAAGAUGGGCCAAGUUUCCCCCAAACUGGGCCUCCUAGUUUGCCCCACAACCUGCAGCCGCCUUCUCCAUCACUAGGCAAGGGGCCAGUCCAGAAGCACUACAUGGGCUUUUUGCAGGAUUAUGUGGAGAAAAUUAACGAACUUCUCGAGAAGUUUGAAGAAAUAAAGAAAAGAGCUGCUGAUCAUCAUUACAAGAGCAACUGUGCGAAGGUUUCAGGAACAGUGGUCAGCAGCACUGGCGUUGCUUUAGUUAUGGGCUCUUUAUGGUGGGCCCCUGUAACUGCUGGCAGUUCUUUGAUUCUUGGAGCAGGUGGUGCUGUUAUGUCAGUAACAGGCAGUUUGACCAAUGCCUUAACCGACUACAUCGACUAUAAAACAACCGCGACCAUAAUGGAGGACAUCAAAUUGCUGCUAAAGGAAAAGGAAAUGUUUGAUAUGUGGAUGCGUAAAAGUAUCACUCACUUCAAUGAGUGUAUUACGCAACUGAUGGAGGAAGGACUCACAAGGGAGGUGGCUAUAUCCACUAUUAUCGAGGGAGUGGCAAAAGGAGCGAUUAACAUAAUGGAAAAACCCAACAACCAAGUGCUUUCGUCCCUAAGCACCGCGGUAAAAAUGCAUAGAAUUCAGCAUCUGGCCGCUGAAACUCUGCCAGUUAUUGGAAAAACGUUUCACAUGACCGAAAAGAGUUUUCAAUUUAUUUAUAACAUUUUGGGAUUAACAGGACGCACAGUUCCAACAAUGAUAAAGGAAUUUGCGAAAAUAUCCGGCGUUCUGGCUGUAGCCUUUGCUAUGGCCGACAUAUCAAUUUUAAUCAAAGAUCUGUGUUCAGAGCAUCCGUCAGUUGAUAUUAUAGAGAAGGUCGUCGGGCAGUUAAAGGACGAACGCGACAUUCUCCUAGACCUUUUCGGCAUUUUAAAGUCAGUAGAAGAACACCAAGAUGGCAUUUUCGAUAGGGCGAUGCUGGACAUCGAAAUGAUUAUGGAUAAAGCAGAUCUGCUGAAAGAUUUUGUCAUUAUUAAUGACGAUGAUUUCCAAGAAAGAGCUGGAAUCCCCGUGCAAUAACACUUCGAUAUUAAUUUAUAAAUAUGUUUAGUUUAAUUGUAACAAUAACCGACUUACUAACAACAAUUUUGAUGAACUUGGAUUUGUCUUACAUUUUUUAUACCUGGCCCAAUUUAGAAAUGUAUAUUGUCUAGAUACUUAAAUCUUAAAAAUGAAAGACUACAGAAAAUCAUAUAUGGGCCGCACCGAUAGUUCCAAUUGAAAAUUGUUAUGCAAGUUUAAAGUAAAUAUUUCUCUGAAUUAUUUACAUGUCAAGAUAUGGAGAGAAGCAAAAAAUACGUUUUACUACUUCAAGUUUGUGAUACAUGAGUCAUGCAGAUACAUUUUGCAAUCUAACUUAACGGAAUGCAACGUUGUAGCUGCUCUGCCGAAUCUGAUUUAUUCUCAAAUUUUUUUAUUUUUAUUCCCAGUGACCUCACAUUUGAAAAAAAUAUUGUAAACGCCGGCCUGAUGACAAACUACACUUGAUGAGAAUAGAGGUUGUGAAUAUGUUUGCCUUUUUCGCAUGUAUCUAAUCCUGGGUUUAUAUUUCAAUAAAUACUUUAGACUAA